AAUAUCAAUAAAACUGAACGAUAAUCAACUCGGCACAGAAUUAACAAUAACGAAGUCAGAAGACUUUGAACCCAACAAAAUUGAUAACAAUUCCAGAUAAUAGUUAAACACAAGUGUAGUGCCUGUUUAUCACAUCUUCCGCUUAGCAAUGUGGCCUGUCAUAAAAGCCUCCCUUCGUUUCACAUCGAUUUCGCGCGGAACACGGAUCCUGCGGCUCUGUUCCACCAUACCACCAAAAGAAGAAGUUAGUGCACCGGAUCAAAAGCCGGCAGAAGAACCAUCGAUCUUGGUGGAAAAAAUGGAAAAUAUCACUAUGAUCGGACUGAACAAACCGGAUAUCCGCAAUGCCAUCAAUUCCGAAAUGGGUAGACAACUAAGCGCGGCAGUUGAAGCCUUUGAAAACGAUGAAACAUCUGCGGUCGGAAUUCUGCAUGGGAUCGGAGGUUCUUUCUGUGCCGGAUAUGAUCUUACCGAACUAGCAAAUCCGAAUGUCAAACCGCAGUCCAUCAUUCUUCAGCGAGGAGGUGUUAUGGGUCCGACCAGACGUAAUUUCAAAAAGCCGAUGAUUUGUGCCAUUUCCGGAUAUUGUGUCGCAGGUGGUCUCGAACUGGCGCUUAUGUGUGAUUUACGCGUCAUGGAGGAGAUAGCCAUCCUUGGGCUCUACAACCGGCGAUUCGGUGUGCCACUGGUGGAUGGUGGAACCGUUCGGCUUCCAGCUUUAAUCGGUAUAUCCAGGGCCAUGGAUCUGGUGCUGACGGGACGGCCCAUUCGGGCUAAGGAAGCAUUGCAAAUUGGCCUGGUCAAUCGGGUGGUGGCGGUUGGAACGGGUCUCGGUCAGGCUUACAAUCUAGCGACAACCAUCGCCAAAUUUCCACAGGAUUGCGUUAAUCACGAUCGAACUUCGAUGUAUUAUUCGGCUUUUCAGGCCAAGUCGCUGGAAGAUGCAAUGGACUACGAGGUGCUUUCGGCGAAUGAGAAACUGCUGACGCAGGCUGUGACCGGGGCGGAACGGUUUCUGCAGGGAGUAGGAAAGCACGGAAAGUUUACCGAUAUCAAGGAGAGAAUCAUUCCGGAUUGGGAGAAGGAAGAAAUCGCACAUGAAAUGGCAGCGGCGGCUAGGAAGAAGCCGUCGCAGUGACGGUUCCGAGGAAGGUGAUGAAAAUUAAUACUGUUUUGUUUUGUAAGUAUUAGAUAAGACUGUUGAAAAUAUACUAUAGAUUUUA